AAAAGUCAGAGUAUUGCAACGAGUAGCUUGCGUUUGUCAUUUGGAGUAAUUCAAAGUCAUCAAAUUUCAAAAUGAAAUCCUUUACUGCUUUUUUCAUCGUUGCUAUUGCUGCAGCUUUCUCCAUUAUUAUGGUACAAGGUUUUGGAACUUAUCCUAUAGUAAUUGGUAUAUACAAUAAGGAGGGAUAUAAUACAGGCUAUAAUACAGGCUAUAAGCCAGGCUAUAAUACAGGCUAUAAGCCAGGCUCUAAUACAGGCUAUAAGCCAAGUCCUAAUACAGGCAAUCGUCCUACUUGCCAAGCAUACUCAUCUCAAGUGUGUGGUGAAAUACAGGGUGAUUGCAUUAAAUUCGCGUGCCAAGAAGACCUCGAUUAUUAUAACAACAUUUACAGAACAUAUGUUCGACCUGUAAAUAUGAUGUCUUGCACUUAUACACAAGUAUAUCAAAAGACACGUUGUUAUACCGCUAAUCCUAACCCUAAUCCUAAUCCUUAUCCAAAUCCUAAUCCUUACGACAAUACUUACUGUCCAUCAACAAAUAAAACUGUAUGUGCCGUAGAUACAAGCUUGCAACCACCACAAUGCAUUGGAUUCAGAUGUGGAUCUGAUAUUACAAAAUAUAACAGUUUUUAUGGAACAAAAUUCCAACAAGUAGCUGAUUCUUACUGCACAAGUAAAAAUAUAACAGAAGGUCAACUUAAUUACUGCUAAAUGGCUAAAGAUGUAGCUUUUUAUUAUGUUGGUUUAUUCAAUAAAGAAUAA